AUGUUAACAGAUAUUGUAAAAAUGAACAAUAUCAAGGAACCAGAGAGCAUACAGAGGUGUAAUACAAGCAUAAGAAAUUUACAAACAGAAAAAAUAAAUAAUUAUAAUAAUAAAGAUAAUGUCUUUAAUAAAAAUGACAAAAAAACUUAUAACAUGGCACAUAAUGAUCAUGAUGCAAAUUAUUCUAACAGUUCAGAUAAAGAAUUAAUGAAUAAAAAAUAUUCUAAUUUAAAACUUUUAACACAAACUAUUAAUACUCAUUCACAUCAAGGAACUGAUAGCAAUAAUAUUUAUGAUGAUUUUUCAAAUUUGAAUAUUGAACAAGGAAUCCAUAAUAUAUCAAAUAAUAACAUAAAAUUUGAAAAACGAGAAGAUAGAGAAAAUAAUUUAUUUAUUUACGAAAAUGAUGAAAACAAUAUGAAUAAUUUAAUUAAUAAUUAUAAUAAUAAGGAUAGCAAAAUAUUAGAAACCGUUAAAGACAGAUCAUCUGAUAAUAUAUUAUCUUCUUCUAAUGAUAUAAAACAAAUUCAAGAAUUUAAUAAUUCUAAUAAUUUUUUAUGUUUUCCUCAAAAAUUAUAUGCUAAAGAGGAUGACAUCGACGCUGAGUUUGACUCUUUUAAAAUCAGCGGUGUCUCUCUUUUGAAUUUAGAUGAAUGCCCAAAUAAUAAAAACAUUUUCAACGAUUCUAAUAUAGACAACAAUAAUAAUAACAAUGAUGUCGAUACAAUUAUUAGCUGCCUCAAUGCAAAAACUUUAAAUAUAAAUAAUUCAAAAGAUGAAUAUAUGAAUGAUUAUGCAUAUGUAUUUCAAAAUUACAAAUAUGGAAAUGAUAACAUAGAUAUUAUUAAUGUUGGAAAUAACAACAUUUCGUCUUGUGAUAUUGUUAAUAAAGGAGAUAAUCAAAAUUCUCAAAAUGAUAAAAUCACUAACAAUUCCAUAUUUAGUGAAAUGGAAAAAUAUUUGAGAACCCCUCGAAAUGAAAAUAAUAUAUCUAGCAAAAUGCUCGAGGAAUAUUUAAAUUAUGGUUUUAAUAAUAUUAAAGAACAGAAACAAUCUGAAUUAGAUAAUUAUGUUAACUCGAAUAAAGAAAUUAGUACUAAUGAAAUAAACAAUAAUAAUAAUGACAAAAAUGUAAAAGAUUGCAUAGAAAACAAUAGUAAUGCCCAUACAUCAGAUGAUCAUGUUAAAUCAAACGAAAGUGUUCAUAAAAUAAGACCCGAUAUAAAUAAUAAAGAUAAUAAUUAUGUAAACUUAAGUGAUAAAGAUAAAAUAUUGUCAUUUUUAGAAAAUGAUGAUACUAUCAUAUUAAGUAAUAAUAGUAACCAAAAUAAAGAGAUGGAUAAUAAAUCAAAUGAUAUAAUAAAAGAAAAUAAAGACAACAAUUUGAAUGAAAUAAAUUGUCUUGAAUUGUCAUUAAAUAAUGCAAUACAUAAUAAUAUAAACACAAAAGAUUUUCAAACUAAACAAAAUCUUAUCUAUAAUAAAAAUUCAUUAGAUAAUCCAUAUUUUGAUUUUGAUAAUGAAUACAAUAAUUAUUUUAAUAAAGAUGAUAUUGAUGAUAUAAAAAAUAAUAUUGAAAAUCUAUAUUAUAAACGAACUAAUGUAAAAAAUGACAAUGACAGUAAUAGCGGAACUACUAAUGUCAGUGCCAACGGUAGUAAUAAUAUUAAUAAAUGUAAUGUUUCCGUGAAACCGAUUUUAUUAGAUAAAAAAAAUAUAGAUGCAGAUGGUAUUGGUUAUGAAAACUUGGGUGAUGAUAUUAUUGAUGACAAUUUUAGCAUCUUUUCGAAUCGUGACAUUUUAAAUUACGAUGUUGAUUGUCUUGGAAAUAAUAAUGCCGCUAUUUCGAAUGGUAUUAACGGUAUUAGCAAUGAUAUUAGCAACGAUAUUAACAACAAUAAGAAUCGAAAUCAAAACAGUGUUCCAAACAGCGAUAUUACUAAUUUCAGUGAUACAUGUGAAGGGAAUUGCAUAAAGGAUAUUAUUCAUAAUACUCAAAAAUAUAGCAAUAUAAAUGAAAAAAAUUAUAUAAUGAAUUAUAUAGAAGAUACGGGAAAUAAAUCAAAUAUAAACUUGAGUGAUAAUAAUAUGAUAAGUGAACAUGAAAAAAAUGAAUUUUUUAUGAAAUAUAUAAAACAAUUUUUGGACGACAACUAUUUGAAAGAUACCCAAAAUAAGAAAAGUAAUAAUAACCAUAAUUCCAAUAUAAAUAACUAUACCAAUUUUGAACACAUUGAUAAUCCACUUUUACAAAAUAAUGAAACUGGGAACAUUAAUUUAGUUUUAAAAAAUAAAGAUGUAACAACAUUAAAUGGUACAUCUAUAAAUGGAUAUUUAAAUAGAAAUAUUUAUUCAGAAAAAAAAAAUAUGGCUGAUAUCGGUGAUAUUGUAAAUUACAAUUGGGAUGAAAUAAAAAUAAAUGGGGCACAUCACAGUAGUGGCAAUGAUCUCAAAAAUUUUAUUGAAGGCCAUAGAAAUGAAAUGAUUAACAAUACUAAUGAGGCUACGAAUAUGGAAAGCAUUCGAAAUACGAAAGAGUUUAAUGAAAGCAAUAAUAAUAAUAAUUCUAUAAAUUUGUCUGAUUUUGAUGAUAUAAGUUCAUGUAUGAAAAAAAGAGAUCAAUUUGAUUAUCACAAUAUUCAGGCAACAUUGAAUGAAAUUAUCACAGAUCAAAAUAUUUACGACAAUCAAAAAGGAAACAAAAAUACAGUUAAUGAAAUGAACACUGGAAAUACAUAUACUAAUGGGAAUAAUGGUAAUUUUAGUUAUCAUAAUACUAACUUUAAAACUUACAACAAUAAUAGCAAUAUUAAUACUGCAUCUAUGUGUGCAAACAGAAUCAGUGAAGCUAAUAAUUUCAAUAAUAAUAGCCGAAAUUGUAUUAAUAGUAAUAAUAUAAGAGAAAACAAUAUUUCCAACAAAAUAAAUAAUAUUAAUUCAUUUUUAUUAAACGAUAAUGGGAGAAAAAGUGAACCAUUUGAUGAGAAAAAAUAUGAAUGCCCAAUAAACAAUGAGGAUUCAGAAAUGUAUUCACAUGAUAGUACAAUGAAAAAUAUUAAUAAAUCUGAUGAAAGACGAUGCAUCGAUAAAUAUAAUAAUAAUAGUAAUAACAAUCGUGGAAAUAAUAUUAGUUGCAAUCAUACUGUAAAGGAAAAUAUGAAUUGUUUUAAUGACAUGAAUACUGAUAAUAAUAAUCCAAUGAAAAAAACUUUUCCUUUUGUAAAUCCUAUGUUAUUACGAGAUAAUGAAAAUAAAUCUAAUAAUACAAAAAUCGAAUUAGAAAAUACUGACAUUUUAUUUCAAAAGAAUGAUAUAUUUAAAAGUCAGCUUGGAAAAUAUAAAGACUAUAUUGCAAUGAAAACGAGUAUUAUGCAAAAUAAAAAUUUAGUCGAAAAUAUGUCAUAUGAAAACGGAAACAAUAAUAGCAUUUCUUUUGGAGAAAAUAAUAUAAUGUUUAAUAAUUUUCAAAAUAUCAACCAAAAUAAUAUAGAUCCAAAUUUUACCGGCUAUAACAAUUAUAAUCGAAUAAACAACGGAAGUAUUAUUAUGUCUCCUCAUAAUAAUAAUAUAUGUUUUAAUCAAGAAAAAAUUAUUAAAAUGCAUGGUACAAACAAAUUAAAUAACAUUGCAAACACUUCUGAUAAUAAUGUUUCUACUACUUCUAGUGGCGCUGCAAAUAUUAACAAUUAUUUUGGAGAUGCCUCAAAUAAAAACAAUAAGCAAACUUAUUUGAGAAAUAUCAUAGAUGAUAAAAUGACACAAUUUCUUAUUAAUAAUAAAAGAGAAAAUGUCACGGAAAAAAUUGAAAUUUCCAAUCGCAUGAAUUCUGCAAUAGCUGAUAGCAUUUUGAUGUGCAUGUUGCCAAACAAUAACUCAGACAACAAGAAUUAUGCCAAUGGAUGCAAUAGUAGAAUAAUGGAACGAAACGAUUUAAACAAAAGUAUUGAUAUCAAGGGGGACCAUACUACUUGUUCUAAUGGAAAUACCAAUGAUAUUAGUAAUACUCAUACUUUCAACAAUGAUCGUAAUUAUAAUAAUAUUAAUCGUAAUGAUAAUAAUAGAGUUGAUGUUGAAAAUAUUAAUGGCAAUUUAAACAUAAACGAGGGAAGUGUUCAUUAUAAUAUGAGAAAUUGUAAUUAUUUAAACGAAAAUGGUAGUAUUAUCUCAAACAGCCCAAGAUACAGAAAUUAUAAUGGUGAUAAUAACAUGCUGAAAUUGUUGGGUAAAGGGAAUGGUAAUUACAUUGGCAGUCGAAAUAAUUUGAAUCCAAACAAUCUUAAUUUGAAUGGAAAUAAUUAUAAUAUUACUGACAGGAAUAAAAUCGGAAAUACAAAAAGAGGUCAAACUGUUAAUAAAAUAAAUACUACAUAUUUAAAAGCUACAACUGAUUGCAUUCAUAUGCAUAAUAGUAACAAUUUUGAUAUUAAAAAUUGCAUGUGUAAAGACGUGGAAAAUAAUAUAUAUAAUGAGACAAAACUAAAAAGUAUAUAUAGCUAUACUACUACUACUACUACUACUAAUAAUAAUAAUAAUAAUAAUAAUAAUAAUAAUAACAAUUACACCUCGUUACAAAAUUUUAGUAAUUAUCAAAAUACAAUGAACAUCGAAACAAAUAAAAAUAAGUAUAACAAUUCUAUAAGAAAUAUAAUGGAAGAAACAAAUAUGAUCAAUAAUAAUGAAUGUCUAAUUAAGGACAAUGCAGCUAAUAAUCGAAAUGCUAUCAUCGACUAUAAUUCUAAUAAUAAUAUAAAUUUAAUAAAUGGAAGUAGCGAAAACAUGAAUCUCGUUUCUCACAACAAUAAUAAUAGUGGUGGCAAUAAUGCUAUUAUUAAUCCUUUAAAAAUAAUAGACUAUAACCAUUGUGGUAAAAGCACAUCUACUAGAUGUAUAUCUGAUGAAUCUAUAAUUGAUUCACAUAAUAUAAACAAUAUGCAUCUCAAUUUGAAAUCGUAUGGCAAUUUUUCUAAUUAUAUAUCUAAUUCAAAAAUAAAUGACAACAAUAAUAAUAACACUAUGAAAUAUAAAACAAAUAACUCUGAUGAAAAUUGUAUUAAUAAUGGAAUGAUGGAUAUAUAUAAAAAUUAUGAUAAAAUCAAAUUUAAUAUGAAGCCCAAUCCAAUAUACACGAAUAACGGGAAAAAUAUGGAUAAACAACAACUAUCCCAAAGAUAUAAACCACCAUAUAUUACUAACAACAAUAAUAAUGUCGGACGAGAUAAUAUUAUUAGAAAAGAAAAUAAAGGAAUAAUGAUACAUGAUGAUAAAGAUAAGUUUUCUAAAGGAGGAAACAAUAGAUAUUUUGGAGAUAAAACAAAUAAUUUCAAUAAUAAAAAUAAUAAUAACAAUACUAAAAAUAAUUACUUAUCUAAAGAUUCAAUGUUAUCAGACAACUUUCUUGUAAUUAAAAAAUACACAGCAAAAUAUGAAGUACAAAUUGAUCCAUUUAAUGGUUUUGAUAUAGCUAAAAGAAUAAUAGGAUUAAAAGGAACUAACAUGAAAAAAAUAUGUGUAGGCACUGAUUGUAAAUUAAGAUUAAGAGGUCGAGGUUCUGGAUAUUUAGAAGGAGAAGAAAAAAAAGAGGCAAAUGAAUCACUACAUUUAUGUGUUUCUUGUCAAAAAUAUGAUCAUUAUAUAUUAGCAAAAAAAUUAAUAGAACAAUUACUAGAAAAAAUAUAUAUGGAUUAUGACACAUGGCUUUAUAACCAUGGAAAAUCAUAUGCAAAUUUAAAGCCAAAGAUUUAUGAAAAAUUUAUCCCGCUUUUUAAAUUUCAGCAAAAUGUGAACCAACGAUAA